AUGACACAAAUUUUCCAAUACCACCAACUUAAACAUUUUUUAAAUAAAGAAGGGCUACUCCACUGGAAACCCAGGGAAGAAACACAGUUUGAGAAACUAUGCUCUCGCCCGCCAACAAAUAAAAUCAUAGUCAAAUGUUACCGCAUGAUUCAAGAAAGCGUAAACAACCAACUUCCCUGGUUUACGAUAAGGAACCAGACAUGGUUUUCAACACAGAUAGAGGAGCAGACCUGGCUCACAAUCUUCACCAAAAUGAUGAAAUCACGCUCUAGCAUUAUGUUGCAGGAAAUUAAUUAUAAAUUUCUCACACAAUGGUAUCGUGUCCCCAUAAACGCCCAUAAAUUUAACUCCACCAACUCUCCACUGUGUUGGAGGUGCGAGAUGGAACAGGGUACCUACCAGCACAUAUGGUGGAACUGCCAGCGAAUAGAGGGCUUCUGGAGGGAAGUAGCGAGGAUCGCAGAACGACUCAGUAAUGUCCCCUUACCAUUUACCCCUGAAAAGCUCCUGUUUUUUAACAUACCCUUUUCUUUGAACAAAUUUAAACACUCACUCCUAUAUUAUGCAUUAACAGCAGCAAAAUCAGUAAUAGCGGGACUUUGGAGGACACACAAAAGACCGUCUAGAAGGGAGUGGUUCAUGAAAAUAGACAACUUUCAUCAGAUGGAAGAACUGAGAAUGUCCACAAUGGGUAAAUUAAAACAAUACUUAGACACAUGGGAACCAUGGGUGUCGUUCCUAAAAACGUAUCCAGGUCCAUGA